AUGAAUUAUAAAAUUGUGUUUUUUUUGUGCCUACAAUUAAGUGCAGGUAUUUUAGGGAAAAAAAAACGAAUAGUGGGUGGUGAUAAUGUACACAUAAGGCAAAUUCCUUAUCAAGUAGCGUUGAAAAAUUAUACAACCAAUCAAUUGAUCGGUGGUGGUACAAUUAUUAGCGCAUCGCAUGUCCUAACGGCAGCUCACUGUAUUUAUAAUAAAUUCUUAUCCGAUAUAAGAAUCUAUUCUGGAAUUAAUUCUAUAUUAAGUAGGAAAUACGAGUCAAGGAUUAUACAUGUUCACAUAUAUGAGGGAUUUACGGGGAAAGAAGAAGACUACGGAAGCUACAUCCACGAUAUCGCCGUAAUCUUUCUCGAUGAACCUCUCGAAUUAGGCACAUUUCGAAACAAAGUCAACCUUCCCCGUAGACCAGCUUAUGUAGGACAAAAAGGCGUUGUCAGUGGCUGGGGAUUUACCUCCUAUCCAUCGAAUGCACUCUCCGCAACUUUACAAAAGGCCACAAUGGAAGUUAUUGAUAGCGAUCUCUGCUCGGACUUGCUUGUCAUUAAUAUACUUGAUACUCAGUUAUGUGCAUUCAAAAGGAGAGGAAUUGGUGCGUGCAGGGGUGACAGUGGUGGCCCAUUAAUUAGUAAUGGAGAAAUCAUUGGCAUUGCAUCUUUCGUUGUUCCAUGCGCCACUGGUGUACCAGAUGUAUAUACUCGAGUUUACGAAUAUAAUUCUUUCAUAAUGCAAGUUACGGGUAUUACGAUUGACUAA